CAUUUCGUCUUGGUCGUUAUCCAAUUCACUUCCAUUUGAACGGUGACGUUAGCGGUUCAUAUGUCCGUGGCUGUGGUAUCCAUCAUACAUUCAAUCGUGCAGUCACGAUUCAUGCCGUCGAUAACCUACUAGUAGAACACAACGUAGCUUUUGACAUUAUGGGCCAUGCUUACUUCAUGGAGGAUGGUAUUGAAAUGGGAAACAUCAUACAGUACAAUCUAGGGAUCUUUGUGAAAAGUAGUUCCAGUCUGCUCAACGUUGACAUAACUCCUGCUACAUUCUGGGUUACAAAUCCAAACAACACCGUGAGACACAAUGCUGCUGCCGGUGGAACACAUUUUGGAUACUGGUACAACAUGCCAAACCACCCUGGUGGGCCAUCAUUUACCACAUCCAUGUGUCCACGGAAAAUGGUGAUGGGUGAGUUUUACAAUAAUUCAGCCCACUCCUUUGGCUGGUAUGGACUAUGGAUUUUUCCAGAGUACCACCCAAUGGAGGGCGGUGGAUGUGAUUCAAACACUCCAACUCAGGCCAAGUUUUAUGGUUUAACGGCUUGGCAAGUGGAAAGAGGUGCAGAGGCUCUUGAAGUAGGUGGUGUGCAGUUCCAUGACUUCCUUAUUUCUGAUGCCGAUCAAGCUGGGUUUGAAUAUCAAGUAGUUGAUAGUGGUAUUCCUUUUGAUAACGAUGGUGCCCUAAUUAAAGACUCAGUGGUGAUUGGGUAUAGUGCCCUCACACAUAGCAACAGAUCAUAUACAUGUACUAAAGCAGGUGUUCAUUGCCCAAAGAGUAAAGGUCUAACAAUUGAUGGAGUAAAAUUCAUUAACUUUGACCAAGAUUGUUGUGCUACUUUUCGUUCAUGCGCACACUGCAAGCCAGAUCAAGGAGGCUUCCAAGCUCGAACCAAAAAUCUUGUAUUCAGUAAUUCUCCAAAUAAAGCAUUUUUCAAAUGGGAACACGAAUAUUGGUACGAGGAUUUAGACGGCAGCUUUACUGGUACAGCUAAUCACAUUGUCUUGCCUGACAACCCAAACCUUCCGCCAGACCAUUGCUCAAGAGACGACGCAUAUAGUUUAGGUGUUCCAGGAGCCUCCUGUGAUAACACCAUAAAACUUCAUCGUAUGUCAUUUAAUGGGGUUGCGCCAACCUCUCUCAAGUACAAGGACACUCUAUUUACCAAUGAACACGGAACUAGUCGCAUUCCUUACCACCUGAAACGUAUCACUCAUCCCGAGGGCUGGAUGAUUACCCUAAUAGACGGUGACACAUAUAAUUUCUUUUUUGAGCAUGCUGACCAUGUAACAAAUAUUACAUAUAAUUCACGGUUUGAUGGAUUCAGUGAUGGUGAUUUUGUUAUCAUAAACCACAACCUCACACAAAGACCAGACCACUUUGAAACCACUGAUGUCAGUAGAAACAAUUCUAUGAACAUGUUGACAUAUGAAAACAACGAUUACGGUGACUGGCACUUCGACAAUGAAACAAAAGAUUUAUUUUAUUUAG